CCCAGCACUCUCAGCUCUAACUAUUUUAUUCUUCUUAUCUCUCUGCUGCUGCAAAUAGCCCUAUACUUUCACAGCUCUUACCUGCUUCAAUCCUCACCCAUCCCAUACUCUGGUUCUUCUUCUUCCUUCCAUUUCCCUGCUUCUUCUACUUACUUCCAUUUCCAUACCAUUCCUCCCUGUCUCUCUUUCUCUGACGCCAGUGUGAAACUCAUGGACAUUGAUAUAUUCAAAACCUCUGCGAAUGAUGGUAGCAGCAUGGACAUGAUGGUAAUGAUGGAAAAGUUCCCUGAAUUAUGUGAACCUUUUUAUAACACACUCAACUUUGACUCAAAUGUAACUACGCCUUCUUUGAUUAACCCACCACCACCUUCAUCUGCUAAUUUCAUCAACAACAUUCCUCUGCAACAACACAUGACUCUGCCUUUUCAAUCCAACGAGAAGAAAAAUUCUAUGGCCGCUAUGAGAGAGAUGAUUUUUCGAGUAGCAGUGAUGCAGCCUGUUCAAAUAGACCCGGAGUCCAUCAAGCCACCAAAGAGGAAGAAUGUGAAGAUUUCCAAGGAUCCUCAGAGCGUGGCGGCGAGGCAUAGAAGGGAAAGGAUAAGCGAGAGGAUAAGGAUCCUGCAGAGAUUAGUCCCUGGAGGAACGAAAAUGGACACGGCUUCUAUGUUGGAUGAAGCUAUACAUUACAUGAAGUUCUUGAAGAAACAAGUGCAGACUCUGCAGCAGGCAGGGACAAGUAGAAACUUCCAAGGAGUGUCUAACGCCAGUGUCAAUUAUUCUGCUGCUUUGAUGAGGGGUUGCUAGCCUUGUCAAAUGAUGGAUUCUCCUUCUACACAAAUGCUCAGUUGAGAAGAAAUUUAGUCAAGGAUUUAAUUUGCUUGAUAUGUGCAUGAAAACCAAUGAAUUUAUUCUGUACUGUACAAUGUUGAUGCAUGGUUUGGUUUGGUGGUCAUGGAAUUGUGAAGACAGUGUUUGUCACUUUUAUUGUCAUUGUUUUGAGAAAUUAAUUAUCUUACAUUUUCAACAUAAAAUGAGAAGAAAAACUUGGUAAUGAAAGCUUUGACGCCUAUAGUGAUUUUAUCCAACUCCAACAUGAUUGUUUCAAUAAAUGAUAUUUGGGGUUUAAACCCAAAAUC